CCGCCGGCCUGAGCGCGGCCCCUGCAGGGCCCGCUCCGCCCCUCCCCGCCCCGGCGGCAGGGGGGGACCGCCCCGGCCCGGCCCUCCCCGGGGCGGUGCCGCGCAGAAGCGGCGGGGAGCGCGGCGGCGGCUGCUCCGGCGCGAUGGAGAGCGGCGGCGGCGGCGGCGGCGGCGGCGCGUACGGGGCGGCCAAGGCCGGCGGCGCCUUCGACCUGGGCCGCUUCGUGCAGCAGCCGCAGGUCCUGGCGCGGAUCGCCAGCGCGAUCUUUGCCUUGAUCGUCUUCGCCUGCCUGGUCGGGGAGGGCUACAUGAACCUGCCUAGCUCGUCUCAGCUCUUCUGCAUCUUCAACCACAACGAGGACGCAUGCCGCUAUGGCAUCGGCAUUGGCAUCCUCGCCUUCCUCGCUUGCAUCUUCUUCUUCAUGGUGGACAUCUACUUCCCCCAGAUCAGCAACACCACCGACCGCAAGUACCUGGUCCUGGCAGACCUUGGCUUCUCAGGUCUCUGGACGUUCCUGUGGUUCAUUGGCUUUUGUUUCUUGACCAACCAGUGGACCUGGACACAGGCCAAGGAUGUGCCCAUCGGGGCUGACUCGGCCCGUGCUGCCAUCACCUUCAGCUUCUUCUCCAUCUUCUCCUGGGGCUUCCUGGUGGCCUUUGCUUACAAGAGGUACAAAAUGGGUGUGGAGGACUUUGUUCACAGCUACGUCGACCCCACCCCGGAGGUUCCAGCUCCCUACUCCAGCUACCCCAAUAUCAGCCACGACAGCUACCAGCAGCCGCCCUUCACCCACACGGCAGAAGCCCCAGGGGGUUACCAGCCCCCACCGGUGUACUGAGCCCCUGCCCAGUGGCUUGGCAGGGACAGCUGUACCAGUGCAAUUUUCUUAUGUGGGGUGGGAGGGACCUGCAACUUGAAGUGGGAGGGUGGUGGCUGCUUUGUGUGAAGACCACCGGGCCUGGGUGCUGGGGUGCAGGAGGGGCCUGGUCCAGGUGGUGGAGCUGAGCUCCCUGCUGCUGCGCUCCAGAGCCUGGCGCAUAGCGAGUGAUAUGGCACAUAUAUAUUUGCAACUGCUGAGCACAGCCCUGCAGCCCCAGGGAGGUGGGUGCAUGGGGCUGGCCCCAGCGAGGACAAGCGCCUGCCCUUACUCUUGUGCCUUUGGGGAAGCAGCUGUGGGAGGAAGCAGUGCGGUGGGUGUGUGGUUCGCACCCCCCUGGCUCUAGCCUGGCUGUGCCCUUGUGACUGCUGCCCUGGCCCGUCCUGGCACCAGUGCCUUUCCAGCCCCACCAGCCACAACCCCUCGAGUGCUGGCUCUCACUGCUGUAGCACAGCUGGGCAGUGCAGUCCAGCUCCUGCCUGCCUCUGGCUUCCCGUGCCUUUCCCCCUCAGCUGCUGCUGGGUGAGCUUGAUGCCAAAGCCCCUUUUUCCUUUUGACUAUAAACUCCUGUGCUGUGCCUUCUCACAGCCUGCACUAGGGCUGCCAGUGCUGGGAUGAUGCAGUUCAGGAUCAGUGGGAGUGGUGAGUGCUGCGUGCUCAGUGGGGCUGUGGCUGUUUCAUGUGUCCAAGGAGUCCUGGAGUGCUUUCCCUGCUGACUAGGUAUUCAGCCCCCCUCACUUGCUUCCCACCACACGCUGUUUCUGCAGAAGUGAGGCUACCAUCCCACCCACUGCUCCCUCGGCAGCACCCUGCUUGCCACCCAUGCUCCUGGCUGACCCGAGGGUGCUGCACCAGCGCCUGUGCAGGCUGGCUGUCUCAGGUUGUUUUCUGCUGCACCUGUUGUGAAGCUAUUCCCAGCAGCAGCAUGUGGUAUGUGAGCUGUCACUGCUGGGGCUGGUGUCCAUGUAGUUCUUUGUCACUGUAGAGAUGGAAUAAACUUUUUCACCUAGC